AUGAUCGAAAAUGGAGUCCCUUCGAGCGAAAUCCUGGAAGCCAUCCGGAGUGGUUCAGAAGGUGACCAGCCCCUGGAGAUCCAGGGAGAAUCUGAAGAGGCAGAUGAGCCAGUGGCGAAGUCCCUGUCAGAGGAGAGGCCACCACGGAGUUCCGGAGUGGUACCUCCUAGUUGGACCACCGAGAAGAAGGCGGAGAAGCCUGCCAAGGUACCCGCCAGCUCAGAGGGCUCUUCCUCAGCCGCUUCGACGCCUCACCUUUCCACUGACCGCUCCUCCCGGGAUACUCCCACCUGGGCGACAGGAGUGGCACUUUCGCCUCUGAACUUCGCAAAGAAGGCAGUGUCACCAACUCCUCAAGGUCCGCAGGUGCGAGUCAAAGAGGAAGAGCCUGAGGAGAAACCUGAACCAUCGGCAGUUGUGCCAGACUUGGAUCCAGGUAGGAUCGCCAAGGGCCUGGACGAAGUAGGCAUCUUUGGAGGAUUCUCAAAGAGAGCUGAAAAGCCGAGCGGGUCCGAGGCCAUUCCUUCUCGAGUCGCACCUUAUGUCCCUUUAGGCCUUCCCCGCCGGAGCCGUCCCCUCGAAGAAGCCAAGCUCGAGGAGUUCAGGAAGCUCGCAACCCACCUCUUUGAAGAACUCGUGAUUCAUGAGGUGGAGAUGGACCUGGUGGAGACGGUCAGUUCGAGGGAUGGCAUCAUCGACUCCGCGCUCUUCCACAGGUACACGGACCCGAAGUCAGCAGGCACAGCCCUCAGGUAUGCGCUCCUCCUGUCACGCUAUCUUCAAGCCUACGAGAUCAAAUAUGGGACCCCUUCAGUCACGGGGCCAAAGAUCAUGGGGCUUGAAGCGAUCCAGGAGAACAGGCUGCCUGAGACCGGCGGGGAGGGUUCGGGAGCGGAAGCCAUGAGGCGCGCCAUUGUCUGCACGGAGGAUCGACAGGGAGAGCGCAGGAUCAGCAGUGACUGCGCAGUCCCUGUUACCGAACUCCCGCCUGCGCUACGUGGGACUGGUGCAGAGGACCUGGAGGAGUUGGAGGUCACCCUGGGAAAGGAAAGAGAUGCGGCCGCCAAUUACUACAAAGACCACCCGAUCGAGCACGUUGAGACAUCGCCCAAUGCCGUCGAGUGGGGGCCUGAUUCUGAUGACAGUGAGGGCGACCCUGCAACAACGGACCUAGAGAUGCACCACACCUUUGUGCAACUCGCCUCGGGAGCUGGAAAGAUCCAUAAACCCUCAGUCGGGGACGAACACAUGCCAAGGUGUGGGAGCCAGGGUUCAAGGUUCGCGGAACUCGGCGUGGACCACAGCUGGGGCGUGAACUACAAGCUCUGCAACAAGUGCUUUGGAAAAAAUGCAGAAGCAUCCACGUGCCCCUUGCUGUGUGACUUCGUGCUGAAGAAGGGGGGCAAGGUUGUGCUACGUUGCGGACGACGAUGCAGAGGCGAUCAGGUAGAAGGACAUCUGAACCCCAGUGAGCAGGGCUUUGAUCCAGCGAGUAGGCACAGGUGCACCUUGCACAGUGAAGAGGUGCUAGAGGAGGAUCUAUAG